CGGACAAGGAAGUUACAAACUUCCGGCUUAAAAAAACAAAAAACAUAUAAACAAAAGUUGGCGGCAAAGAUGGAGACCUCGGCGGGGGGAAACUCGCCCGAUGGCGAAACGAACCGCGAGUACAGAGUUCGAGUGGCGUCGAAGAAGCAGGUCGUCGAGCAGAUGAACAAAUACGGAGACAUCCUGAAGACGGCGCUCGACGGACAGACGCACCUCGCGGAGGAGGCGAGGCGGCUUCUGCUGCAGGAGCUGCUGGCGAACUUCGAGGCGGCCGUUCAGGACAACGUGUCGGUGAACGGACAGACGUGGGAGGAGGCGCCUGAGGUCACAGAGGACGAGGCUGUUGACCUGGAAAGCCUCCUGGACGACACCAUCGUCGAGACCACCAGGAGGCGCCGAACCUACCCCAGACAGAUCCUGCCCCACGUGGUCCACUCCCUCAAGGCUGAACGCAAACUCAUGGGGCUGUAUGAGCACGUGGUCAAACCUCGAGAGGUGGUGAGAGACCCGGAUCAAGAGAGCAUCAUGACCGGUCUGUCGGCCGCCGCCCCUGGGAUGGUGAAACAGGCCAUCCAGGUCAUCAAGUCGAUCAGCACCCUGCAGAAACAAGCCGAGGGCCUGUGUGAGAUCCUGGACAUGAAGCCGAGCCACGCCUCUCUGGAGAUCCACAGGGAAGUGUUCGGCCACCGCGACGACCGACCGGACGCUCCGCCCGCCGCGGCCGCGAGGGACAGACGGCCAAUCAAGAGAGCCGUGGAGGACGCGGCGGCGGCAGACGGCUACGUGCCGCUCGCCAAGAAGCCAGACGGCACACCAGAGUGAACACUUUAGUGAAACCGUCCCCGUUAAUGGGCGGGGUUUCGUUUCCGUUGUUCGCUGCUCGCACGAGGCCUCAGACGACAACGACGACGCAUGUUCGUCUCUCGAGACCUUCGAGUGGCACCUGGAACUAUAGACUGGUUCUCCUGAGACUAGUUCUCCCACCGAAUUACAGUAUAAAGAUUCUCUUAUUACGUUUUCCAAUAUCUCUUAAAAGUCAGAGAAAGUCAUUAUCGUGCUAAAGUUCACAAAUCGUCUUGAUCUUGUCCGGUUUAGAGGAAGUUGUAGAACGAGAACUUUGCUCCUGAAAUAAAUCAGAAGAAAGAAUAAUGUAAAGGUCUGUCGGACUAAAGAUGUUCUUAUCCUGCUCACAUUGUAUAGGAAAAAUAAUACUUCCAUAACCUGUCUGUACUUUCUCCCAGUUUAAAAUUGACUAAUUUCUCAUUUCUCAAUUUGUUUCUAUUUUAAACAUCAAAAUCCAUCCAGUUGCUUCAUAUUUGUUUAUUAAGCUUUAAAGAUGUUUAAUGAUUAUAUAACCUAUUCUUUUUGCCUACACUCUUACCUGUGCUGUCCGUACUUUAUAUUUGUCGUAGCGACAUUAAAUUUCCUUAAAAAUAA